GUUGCGAUCAUUGUCGCCAGCCAACUCAGUCGCCCUGUCGCCCCAUCGCCUUGCUGGGUUUGUUGGCCUGACUGAGAAGUCGAGCAAGAACGCGCUGCAACGUGGCACCCGUCUCUCCGCCUGUCGCAUCCGACCUGUCACCCAACUUCUAUCUCAAUCGACUCCUCUUCCCCCCCUUGCCUUGCGUCGCCCGCCCUCCUCCUUUCCUUUUCCUCGUCUCCCCUUCUUCUCCGCCAGUCUCGUUGACUUAAGAUAACAUUUAAUAAUAUAUAAUAUUUUAUUUCUCCCCUCCACACCGCCCGGCCGCCAGUCACCACCAUGCGCUCCCUUCCGAGAAGAAUCAACCCUCUCAUCCUGCCAGAGGUUUCACCGCCAUAUGAAGAACUUCUAUCGCGCCGUCGACUGGGUAAGACAAAUCUAUCAGUCAAGCCAGGCCAGAUCGGCACAUCCAGCGCGACGAAACCCGAAAACCUGGGAAUGUUUGAAUAUGCACACUUGAGAGCACCGUUGCCCAAGGACCUCAAGGGUUCGGAGAUUUUUUCCUUCCAAGCGCCACAGCAGCAUCCAGAGGCGUAUUUCCUGAUGCGACGGAGCAAAGAUGGUUAUGUCAGUGCCACUGGCAUGUUCAAAAUCGCAUUCCCCUGGGCGAAGCACUCCGAGGAGAAAACUGAACGGGAUUACCUGAAGAGUAGAACAGAGACCAGUGAAGAUGAGGUCGCCGGGAAUGUUUGGAUCUCUCCCGAGCUAGCACUUGAGAUCGCAAAGGACUAUGGUAUGUUCGACUGGGUUCGAGCGCUCCUGGACCCAACAGAAAUCGUCCAGAACACAUCAAGCCCAGAAAAGCAUAUCUCGCCUCCACCGAAAUUCGAAUUGCCGCCAAUUGAUUCCUCCACAUUUACACCAUCCCAACAAGGCUCCCGCAGAACCCGCCGGUCCGCCACUCCUUCGAAAAUGGCUUCUCCAAAGAAGAAUACCGCUAGUCGCAAACCUCGACAGAGCCGUGCGCAAAGGGAAGCUGCAAGUACCGCUAGCUCAACGGCUGCCAAUGCCUCGCUUCAAAGCACCCUGGAUGCGGCAGCAUCGACAGCAUCGACGACAUCGUCAUUUUCCGGGGACAAGUUACAAUCAAACGGCACCGAAGAACCCAUAUCCAGAUCGCACGGGGACGAAGAAGAGGACGACGCCUCACAGCAUGAAAUUCCCGUCAAGAAAUCCAAAGAUCGCGCCCACAAUAAGUCCGUCAAAGCCACGGAAAGUACAGUGGAAUCUACAGCCCGAGGCGAAGAAGAUCGUGUGGAAACCCGACGAAUCGAUCUUGCGCCGCGUAUGCUCCCCGAAGUAAACCCGGCAGAAGAUUCAGAACGGAUGCUCUCUGAGGCGAAGAAAAUGGUCGCUGACGCCGUGAAGCGUGAUAAGAAGACGAAAGAAGAAGUGGAAGAGGAUGAUCAGAAAGCUGAGCCCUCAUCGUCAACAGCCUCGCCUUCAAAGAAACGGGAUAUGGCCAUUAGGAAGCGGAAGGCGGAGGAAGUACCUGCAGAUAAGCAAGAGGAGGGUGUAGAGGACUCAAGUGAUGCUGCCGCAGCUGCGGAACCGGCGCAACCGGCUAAACGCGCUAGGCUGCUAGAGGAAAAAUUACGGCGAGAGAGAGUGCGGAAUCGCGCGCUUGUUGGGGUUACUGCUACGUUGGCACUCGCUGCGGCAAUACCAUACUUUCUUUAAUAUGUUGUAAAUAAACUUUCUUUUCCAUCUCUUUUCUUCUCAGUUAUUCUUGUGUCUUGUUAUUUUUUCUUCUUCUCAGGUUUCGGAUUUAAUUUUCACUGUCGCCCCGUUCGAGCGAGGAAGCGGAUCAAGUAGGAAAACAUGAGAAGAGAAGGGGUUGAAGCAUACCACUUCUUACGUUCACGUUAUAUACAUAUAUCCGACCGUGGCAUGUUGAGACAGAGCGAGGGAGACAGUGAUGUGAGAAGCAUUUUGAAUUCUCCGAACCCACCACAACUGGCUCUUUAUUCAAGACGGCGGCUAUCAUUCCAUUCCUUUUUUAACCUAAUAUUCCCACUGUUU